GCUCUGCCGACUGAGCUAUCCGGGCUCUAAGUAGGCAUGACCGUUUGAGGAAAAAUAAACGGAAUCUUUGUUCUCUACUUCCGGAAAAGUCGAUUUUUUUUUCAUCUUCAUUUUUGGUAGGACGCCUGUAGUUAUGUGUCCUUAACUUUGGAACGUCAUUUCAACAUGUUUUGUAAAUGUGCAGCGCGAGCUUCAAGGGCGCUGCGGCCUGCGCAUCCUCGGUGUGGAGUAUUAACGCUGCCCGCUCUAAGCAAUGCUGUAUCGGGCAGCGGAACGUUCUGGUCACGGUGGAUGUGCAAACGGGAAUCAAGUAACUCCGCCUGGAAUUCCAAGGUUCCUCAGGCACCCACAUGGGAGCCCAUAGCAGAAAACCAACUUCCACCGCCAACAAGAGUCUCACCAGAUUUAGUGGACAAGUUGGAGAGAUUAGCCCUUGUUGACUUUGGCAGUAAAGAAGGGGUGGACUGUCUGGAGAAAGCCAUUAGAUUCGCUGAUCAGCUUCAUGUCAUUAAUACUGAUGGUGUGGAGCCGACGGAUUCAGUUCUAGAGGACAGAGAGCUGUAUUUGAGAGAUGAUAGGGUAACAGAGGGUGAAUGUGCGGAGGAGCUGCUCCAGCUGGCCAAACACACAGUAGAGGAGUACUUUGUUGCACCUCCAGGGAACAUCCCACUGCCUAAGAGAGAAGAGAGAUCUGCUAUGCUUAAACACUCUGAAUUUUGACUGAAAUGUAACAUUGGAUCUGA